AGCAAAUUAUAGAAAAGCCAAUUGAUCAAAACGACUAUGGUCGAGUACGUAUAUAGUUAGAGUGAAAUAAUAAUUAUAGGUAGCGCUGCUAAUGUUUGAAGUGGUUCUUUGGAGACGAACAGCUACCAGCUGUAUACUUACCGGUUUACCUAGAAGUUACCAGUAGAAUCUAUUAGCAAGUGCAUGCAGAAUGUAAUCAACGUAUAACGUUGUAAAAUAAUUAUUAAUUGUCGCUGUGUAAUAUUGUGCAGGUGAGUAUCACGUUCCUUGGUAUUUAGAGAGAUAUUUUAGUUUUGCGUUGGGUCGGGUCGACGUCCAGUGUGCCUUGAUACCUCUCCACUCUUACAUUGAUGAUGGAUGGUAUUGCAAGUUCUUACAAUGACAUGAGUGAUUCAGAGUCAGAUGAUGACAAGAAACAAACAGUUCCUAAUGUAGCACAUGCAGCAUGCAUUGCUCAUCAGGCACAUUAUCUAGCAGCAGCAUCAGCAGAAUCAGCAGCAGGAAGCAGGCAGUGUGCCAGGGCAGGGGAUACGGCAGAACAAGAAGCUAUCAAUGUGCAAAGUGGACAGGCUGCAACAGUCAGUAAACUACCGCCAUCAUCCAGGAAGAUUGUACCGUGCAAGGCUCUAUUGGACGAUGAUACUCAGCAUGAUGACUGCUCACAGCAAUAUGUUAGAAGUGAGGCAAGUGUGACGGCAUUGCUACUAGCUCAACGGCAAGUUCCGCCACCUAGUACUGCAGCAUCUUCAACAGCUGAUGAUGAGUCAAGAGCUGCGGUCUCUGUGCAGGUGAUUGAGGGCAAUGAUAUCAGCAUUAAUCGUAUCUUAUCACGUCCACCGGUUCACAUAGCCAGUCUUCUCUCCACUUCACCUGGUCAUAGGCCUGGUUGCAGGCCGCCCAGAAGAAAAAUUCACUCGUUCAGUGGUCACACAGCGUCAGUUAUGAAGCUUGCUUGGCAUUGCCCCGGUGGUCAGAUUCUGGCAUCAUGUGGUAUGGAUGGCUUACUUUGCUUCUGGGAGCCAUGGGUCAAGCGCCAGUGUGUCAAGAAGAUGUCUCCUCACAAGUCACUGGCUAUUCGCUGUGGAAUGUGGUACAGCACUGGUAGCGCUGGCAUCACAACUAGAAACUCUGGUACUGGUGUCGCCGAUGCAGCUAGCAACCCUGUCCACUUCCUCUCUGGUGGCUAUGACAAGUGCCUGCGCUUGCUUGAUGUUGAAUACGAUAAAUGCGUAGUGAGUUUACUGCACCCUCAUCAUGUAACGGCCGUUGCAAGACAUCCGACUCACCGUUCAGUUGUUGUCACAGGCACGUCGCAAUGUUCUCUUGCGGCCUGGGAUGUGCAAAGUGGCAAGAAACUUCACGAUUGCACACAGGCGGCAGGGCAGGUGCAGGAUAUUUUGUUUUUACCGGACAAUGAGCGUUUUGUCGUGGCUUGCGACACGCACAGGCGCAGUGAUGCUGAUAAGUCACUGGGUGUUUGGGACUUUGCCUCUGGCGUGCGCUUAUUGGAGCAGCUAUACCCUGAACCAUAUUCAUGUACUCGUCUGUGUAUGGACAAGGCUCAGAAGAACUUCUUGGCCCAAUCCAAUGCUGGGCAUACAGCUAUUUUUCAAGCCAGUCCACCCUACAGACUCAAUAAGUUCAAGAGAUUCGACAAGCAUCAGAUAUCUGGUUAUCCUAUGGGGGUAAGCGUGUCACGCGACGGCCAAUUUCUCUACUCACCCUCAUCCACAGGUCAUCUGAACUGCUAUAGCUAUCAGACCAGUAAGAUUGUCAAGUCGUGGCCGGUGGGAGAACAGACUAUACUGAUUGAUGUGGCACAUCACCCUUUGCUGCCAUCUGCCCUUGCCACAUCGACUUGGGAUGGUGGCAUUGACCUUUGGAUGUGACUCAGUGCAUACCUUCUUUAUAAUUACAGAUGUCUGUUCUUGUUGAUUUUGUCCUUCGCUGAGAAUUUCCAGCUACUCUGACCUCAUUAGUAAACUGUAUUGUUUGUAUGAGAGUCGGUCGGAGUGAGUUUUCUGCAUGCGCAGGGGAAAUCAUUGGUUACUGUUAGACUUAGUUCACAACUGCAGA